CAAAUCAAAUGCUCAUUUACUAGAUCAAAAGAUUUCCAAUUAUUACAGUUUGAAAUGAUAAAAUGAAAGAACAAGUCACUAGUAUUAAGAUAGAUUCUAAAUUAGCGCCAAAACCAGCUGGUUUCGGUUAUCGUCACCUACAAUAUGCUCUCAUGUUUGCUGCAUGUACUGUGGCCUACGGAAUGAGAGGCGUUUUAAAUGUAGCCAUCAUAGCAAUUAUAAAAAAAUACUCAGACGACAAAGAUUAUAAGACAUAUCCAGAAUGGGAAAGCAAAAAGAACUUAAUGCUUUCAUCUUUCUUUUGGGGAUACAUUUGUCUACAAGUUGGUGCUGGUCAGUUGGCCAAAAACUAUGGACCAAAAUUAUUUUUGUGUGUAGCCAUCUUCGUUACCUCAUUAUUUACGAUUCUAAUUCCUAUACUUGGAGAAGCAAUAGGUUAUGGUGGGGUAAUUUUAUGCAGAAUCGUGCAAGGACUAUCCCAAGGAUUUCUAGUGCCCUCUAUUCAUAAUUUACUCAGUCAUUGGGCUCCCACUUCAGAGAGAGCUACUUAUGGAAGUGCUGUGUAUGCAGGUCAAGCCUUAGGAAACGUUUUCGCAAUGCCUAUAACAGGUUUUAUUUGUGCAACAAGAUUUGGUUGGCCAGCUUCUUUUUACUUAUACGGUAGUUUAGGCAUGACAUGGUGUAUUAUUUGGAUACUAUUUGGUUCAGAUAGUCCAGCAAGACAUAAAAGUAUAUCCGAUGAAGAGUUAAAGUUUAUUGAAUCUUCGAUAUUACAAGAAGGUGACGUUACGAAAAUUGCAACACCAUGGAAGUCCAUCUUUACAUCGUUGCCAAUGAUAGCUGUAAUUGUAGCACACGUCGGUCAGAAUUGGGGAUUUUGGACACUGCUUACUGAAAUACCGAGUUUCAUGGAGAAAAUAUUGGGUGAAGAUAUUGCCUCGAAUAGUUUAUUAUCAGCUUUACCUUAUUUCAUCAUGUGGCUUUUAACGUUGCUCUUAAGUCCAAUAGCUGAUAAAAUAAUUGAUAAAGAAAUUGUAAGUCUGGUGGCAAGUAGAAAAAUUUUUAAUACAAUUGGAUUUGGAGUUCCUGCCAUAGCACUCAUAUCACUAUGUUUUGUAACUGACAAAACAACCACGAUGAUCUUACUGGUGGUAGCUGUAGGAUUCAAUUCUGCUCAGUAUAGUGGUUUUAAUAUUAAUCACAUUGAUCUGUCCCCAAAUCAUUCAGGUACAUUGAUGGCCAUAACGAAUAGUUCUGCUACUGUUGCAUCAAUACUAGCUCCACUUGCUGUCGACUUUUUUGUACACAUUAGUCAUUAUGAAGAGACAGAUAAAAGCCUAUGGAAUAUCGUAUUCUGUGUGGCUGCAGGCGUCUACUUAGCUGCCAAUAUAUUUUAUAUUAUUUUUGCCUCCGGUGAACUACAACCGUGGAACAACAUUGGCGAAAAGGUUAAAGAAGAUAAAUUAAAUCAAGACAAAGUUAAACUGGGAAUUUUACGGAAGAUUUCAGUGAUAUCAGUAGCUUAAUUAUUGUAAGCGUUAAUUAUUUAAAUUAAUAAUUUAGUUAUGUAACUUUUGUAGGUCAAAUAUGUGUGUAUAAAUAAAUAUUAUAUUUUUUUA